GUUCCGGGGGACAGAAAAGUGGGCGGGGCGUGUCCUGGCCGACGCGGGGACUCACGUCUCGUGUGAAACGGGCAUUCCGCCGAAGGAGGGCAGCGAGGGGGUUCAGGAGCGCGAAGCCUUUGAAAUGAAGGGCGACCAAGGAACAAUCUGUAGUAAGGAGAGAGGGUUUUUGUAUGAAUUCAGGGCUGGAAACCAACAUUUCGUGCUUACAGUUCCUCUGAAAUUCCCAGUGCAAGAAAGUGCUACCCAUUUGCAUAGGCAUCUGAUGCGUCCUUACAACUUGCCAUGCUUCAUAGAAAACGAUUUAAAGGAAUCCCUGAAUAGAUUCAUUGAGGAGGAAUCCAUAAAAGAUCAUGAUGAAGAAGCAGAAGGAGCCCUGGAAGCUGUAAAGUCUGGCAAAGUAGAUUUACACCAACUGGCAAAUGCUUGGGCCAAAACUUAUACUGAGGCAACCUUGGAAUAUGCAAGACCUGAAGACCCAAGCUGGGAUGAAGAUUUUGCAGAUGUCUAUCAUGAUCUUAUCCAUUCUCCUGCUUCUGAAACUCUGUUAAAUCUGGAACACAAUUAUUUUGUUAGCAUCUCCGAACUGAUAAGUGAAAGAGAUGUGGAACUGAAAAAAUUACGAGAAAGGCAAGGUGCUGAAAUGGAUAAGGUGAUGCAAGAACUGGGGAAGUCAUUAUCGGAUCAAGACGUAAACAUGCUGGCAGCGCAACACUUUGAAUCCCAGCAGGCUUUGGAGAACAAGUGGAACAGUGAACUGAAGCAAACUACAGCUAUACAGAAACAGGAGUAUCAGGAAUGGGUGGUAAAGCUUCAUGAGGAUCUGAAAAACCCCGGCACCACUAUUGGUGAUGAAAUAAAUGUCCAACCCAAUCAGUGGAGAGAAUCUGCAGAAGGCAACGGGAGGCUUUUUGAAGACCAGAGACAGCUGGAAGAAAGCUUCACUAUUCAUCUGGGAGCCCAAUUGAAAACAAUGCAUAACUUGAGACUGCUGAGGGCAGAUAUGCUGGACUUCUGCAAGCACAAGCGCCAUCACCGCAGUGGAGUCAAACUCCACAGGCUUCAAACGGCACUGUCGCUUUAUUCAACUUCUCUUUGUGGCCUGGUCUUGUUAGUGGAUAAUCGCAUCAGUUCGUACAGUGGGAUCAAAAGAGAUUUUGCAACAGUUUGCCAGGAGUGCACAGACUUCCACUUCCCUGGGAUUCAGGAGCAACUUGAAGUUGUUCAGCAGGUUGUACUUUAUGCCAGGGCACAACGCAGCAGUAAGUCCAAGAGACUGCAUGAUUCAGGAAACAGAAACAAUGGCAAUGAAGAUAAAUCUAAGACCAUAGAACAAAACCUAUCAAAUAUUUUACCUGGAGAAUUUUACAUCACCCGUCAUUCAAAUCUCUCUGAGAUUCAUGUUACUUUUCACCUCUGUGUGGAUGAUAAUGUGAGGUCAGGUAAUAUUACUGCCCGGGAUCCUGCAAUAAUGGGCCUACGAAAUAUCCUCAAAGUGUGUUGCACACAUGACAUUACCACAGUUAGUAUUCCUCUUCUGCUGGUACACGAUAUGUCUGAGGAAAUGACUAUAUCCUGGUGUCUGAAAAGGGCAGAGCUUGUAUUUAAGUGUGUUAAAGGAUUCAUGAUGGAAAUGGCUUCAUGGGAUGGAGGGAUUUCUCGGACGGUUCAAUUCCUGGUACCGCAGAGUAUUUCUGAAGAAAUGUUUUAUCAGCUGAGUAAUAUGUUGCCACAGAUUUUCCGCGUCUCAUCUACGCUCACUCUGACAUCCAAACACUGAGUGCCUCCAGAUACUCUGAAAAGGAAAUACAGGAAGACAACACUGGAUCCAUUUUAAUCCAUUAAGCAUCUCCUCUUUAAUGAUAACCACCUGAAUGUGAUUAUGAUUAUAAGU